UUUCUUCUCUUUCUCCAUCCCUCCCUCCGCCAUGGACGUGAAGAGGCUGAAGGUGACCGAGCUUCGGGCCGAGCUUGGCCGCCGAGGCCUGGAUUCCAGAGGCCUAAAGGUAGAAUUGGCUCAGAGGCUGCAGGAAGCGUUGGAUGCUGAGAUGUUGGCGGCGGGACCCGAAGAGAGCGGAGGUGGAGGAGGAGGAGGAGGAGGAGGAGGGGGUGGAGGUGGAGGUGGGGGUGGAGGAAGCGCUGGAAGCUCCGGGCCGUGCGGAGGGGAUGCGGCUGGGACGGCGGCGGUGGGUGAGGAGGAGGAAGAGGAAGAAGAAGAGGAAGAGGAGGAAGAAGAGGAGGAUGAAGAAGCGCUGCUCGCCGAGGAAGAGCCGCAGGAAGCGGCUGCAGAAGCGGAGGCGGCUCCUGGAACGGCUGAAGAAGAGGAGGAGGAGGAAGAGGAGGAAGGAGGGGAGGAAGGAGCUGCCGAAGCCGGUAAAGCCGUGGUGGAAAAGGAAGAGGAAGCGGUGGGAGAACCGGAACAGCCGCAAACCGAAGGCCCCGAAGUGGGCGGGGGGGUGAACGGAGCUCAACCGGCGGCCGAACCCGAGGAGGGACCCAGCGGGGACGAAGCUGCGGCAGCCGCCGAUACCGACCAGAAGGAGGAGGAGGAGGAGGAGGAGGAGGCGGCGCCGGCGGCCGACGAAGCCUCCAAGGCCGCCGGCUCAGACGAGCGGCGCGGGGUGAAGCGGCAGCGCGACGAGAAGGACGAGCACGGCCGGGCCUACUAUGAGUUCCGUGAGGAGGCCUACAACAGCAGGUACGGCCCUUCUGGGGCACAAACAGCCCUUUUUGGGCAAAAACAGCCCUUCUGGGGGGAAAAACGGCCACUUUGGGGCAAAACCAGCCCUGCUGGGGGGAAAAACGGCCACUUUUGGGGCGGGAACAGCUGGUUUUGGGGUAGAAACAGCUCCAAAUCCAGCUCCUUUUUGGGGCAAAACCAGCCCUUUUUGGGCAAAACCAGCCCUUUUUGGGGGAAAAAACAGCUCCUUUUUGGGGCAGAAACAGCUCCUUUUUGGGGCAGAAACAGCUCCAAAAGCAGCUCCUUUUUGGGGCAAAUCCAGCUCCUUUUUGGGCACAAACAGCCCUUUCUGGGCAAAAACAGCCCUUCUGGGGGGAAAAACGGCCACUUUGGGGCAAAACCAGCCCUGCUGGGGGGAAAAACGGCCACUUUUGGGGCAGGAAGAGCUGGUUUUGGGGUAGAAACAGCUCCAAAAACGGCCCCUUUUUGGG